UUUGUAAUGUGAGCGGAAGUCUUCGCUUGUCAACAAGUUGUGUGUUGUGUGAAGACGUUACAGAGAGAAUCUGCACGUUGAUCAGCCCGCAGGUGAAUAAAUGUAGAUGUGAGGGCUGAUUCGCUUCUUACAGUCAUGAACGGAAGCUGUAAUGCUGUGCUGGAUAAAGAGGAACAUGUUUUAAAUCUUGGAGAGAGCUUCGAGAAAAGAGCCAAAUCCUCGUUCCACACCAUCAGAUAUGAUUUUAAGCCGGCUUCGAUCGACACGUCGUGUGAAGGAGAGUUGCAGGUGGGAAAAGGAGACGAGGUCACCAUCACGCUACCACACAUACCAGGUUCGACGCCUCCAAUGACCGUCUUCAAAGGCAACAAGCGACCGUAUCAGAAAGACUGCGUCCUGAUCAUCAACCACGACACGGGUGAGUUUGUGCUGGAGAAGCUGAGCAGCAGCAUUCAGGUCAAGAAAACCAGAGCUGAGGGCAGCAGUAAGAUUCAGGCUCGGAUUGAGCAACAGUCAGUGAGAGCCAGUCAGCCUGUGUCUCAAUUUCGAACGCCCACUAAACCCAGCAGCGGUGUGAAGACGUCCCCGAGUAAGGACAACCCGUCUCCUGAACCACAGCUAGACGACAUCAAGAGAGAGCUGCGGGCAGAGGUGGAGAUCAUAGAGCAGAUGAGCAGCAGUGGCAGCAGCAGCUCAGACUCGGGCAGUUGUUCAGGCAGCGGAGACGACAGUUCCAGCAGUGAUGGAGAGCAGGAGAGCACAAACCUCCACCUGUCCCCCAGCCGAGAGCCUCUGAGCAAUGGCACAGAAAAAUCACAGGGUAACAACCAGCUGAUAAACACGCUGAGAAACGAUCUACAGCUGAGUGAAUCAGGCAGCGACAGCGACGAUGAUUGACGUCUUUCCAUCAUCCCUCGCUCAACACUCUUUUCUUUGUCAUGACACCCAGUUUUGUCCCAACCCCUUAUAUGCAUAUAUAUAUUUUUAUUAGAUUAUUUUUAUUUUAUUAACAUAUAUUUUAAGGCUUGUUACAGGGAAAAAGCAUCGUGUGGAAAAAAAAAGAUGUUGGUAUCAUUGCUGUGUGUUUAAAUAGUUUGGCUUGUUUUUGACCAAAUUCGGGUUACACUCUUUAUUUCAUGCUAAUAUCAUACUCUUUCAGUCCGUUCAGGAUUUCUUGCAAAAUACAAUAAAAAACUACUAGAAUUGUUGAAAUCACAAACACAUGGUUAACCUGUAACUUUAGUGACGUUCUACAAGAGCUGCACUCAUGUUUGACGCACGUGAGUGAACCAUGGUUCAUGAUGACGUCAUAUAUGCGAUUGUUCACUGCUUUUGUAACUCACGUUUAUCAGAUGGAAGAUACUCUACAGAUCCUCUGUGUGUGUAUAUUUUGCAUUCAUCAGUUUUCCACUGGACACAAACCGGGAGAAUUAAAAAUCCACUAUGGAUUGUGGGGUAGCGAGUUUACGUACGUUUCCGACAAGCGAAUAAUUGCACGGAUGCGUGUCAGUAAUCGCCGCUGUAAAUAAACCAAAAAGGGAGAAUCUAUUUUCAGAAAAACAUUGAAAUCAGAAUCUGUUUUUCGAAUAAACGCGACACAAUUUUUCAGGUUGAAACAGACGAUAUGAAGGUAUAAAUUCACAACGUGUGCAGUGGAUUUUUUUAGUCUGGGUUCGCUUACAUUUUGUGUAAAUGCACCUCUUGCUAGUAAAGUUCAUAUUUUUUCUUUGUUUUAUUCUCUACCACCACCGUGCUGUGAACCGAACUAAGAUCUGCAGUGAUUUGUCCUCGCUGUUCCUCUGCACUUAUUAAGUUUAUCUGAAGCUGCUUACGUCAAAAAAAAAAAAAAAGAAUGUCACAUGACAUGACGAUUGCUUCUUCUGUAAAAACAAAGAAGGAAAUGUAUAACUUGAACAGUGUAAUGUAAUGUAAAAAAAAAAAAAAAAGGAUUUUAGCAUUAAUUUUAGCUUUGUGUAUAGAUUUUUGAUCCAUUUUCACCCAGUCCUAAGAGUCAAGGACAGUAUUUUGACAUAUAAAUGCCUUUUGCUCUUCAUGUUUUACCUUCAUUUGGAAUGUUCUUUGUUAUUGGAGCAAUAAAGAGCUGUUUUCUGCAAGUC